AGAGAGAGAGAGAGAGAGAUGGGGGGGAUGGUUGAAGAGGUGGAGAUACAGAGGUUGUCUUCUUUGGGUUCAGCUCCGUCUUCAACAACAAUGCCUCUACUGUCUUUGAAUCAUGUCUCAUUUGUCUGCAAGUCUGUGAGAAAGUCUGUGAGGUUCUAUGAAGACGUCUUGGGAUUUGUACUCAUCAAACGCCCUUCUUCCUUCGACUUUGAAGGAGCUUGGUUGUUCAAGUAUGGUAUUGGCAUACAUUUGCUUGAGUCAGACAAUGUCCCAACAAAGAAGGGGGCAAUAAAUCCAAAAGACAACCACAUUUCAUUCCAAUGCUCAGACAUGAAGCUCUUUAUGCAGAAGCUGGAGGAGAUGAAUAUAGAGUACGUUACAGCAGUGGUGGAAGAAGGUGGAAUCACAGUUGAUCAGCUCUUCUUCCAUGACCCUGAUGGAUACAUGAUUGAAAUAUGCAAUUGUCAAAAUCUCCCUGUUCUUCCACUUUCAUCAUGCCCUCUCAAGCUACCUAAAACUACUUCUAAGAGCCGCAUGUCCUUUCCAUUUUAUGGUAAGGGAAGUCGAAAGGUGCAAUGCUCUAGACGAGAUGAGGCAUUGAUGAUGGAGAACUUAGUGGUGGAGAUGAUGAACAUUUCUUUCUAAAAGAUUGCUUAGGAGUGAUUGAUGCAAUUUUCCCAAAAGUUUUUUCACGAAAUUGUUGUUUGUAUACGUUGUGUAAAGAAAGGGUUGAAGCUAUAGGACGCCAAAGAGACGGUUCAUUGUACCAAUUUAUUAUAUCACUUCAAAAACGUGAGUGUUACAAGCGUUUUCAGAAAGGAUGCAGUGAACCAAGGGACACCGCACAAACAAAGACCCGACAUCGUAUUUUUCUCCAAGGACCGUAGAUGGCCGCUGUUUCCUCUGCUGAUUUUGUGUGUCUCAUUGUGUUGUUAAUGUUGCUAUUUUUUGGGCUCUUAUGCAAAUCAACGCAUAGUAGAUGCUUCAAGUAUGAUAGUAUCAUGUAAGCAUUGAGCCCAUAUUCCGGAAUUACUUUCCUUGUUCAUCGAUCAUUAGGAGACAUUAUGAUUGGGAAUCA